AUCGAAUCUCCUCCCCGCUCGUUGCAUUAUUUUUAUCAUUAUUCCGUGCCUGGUUCCGCGUCGCCCCUUGCACCGUCCGUCAUCCCUCCGCUGCAUCCCUCCCUCUCUGUCUGGCCUCCCUCCUCCUUUCGGUCAUGUCCGAUCCCGCGAGCAUCCUCCGCGAGUUGCAAAAGCACUCGCAGUCCCUCCGCCAGUCGAGUCAGCUGCUGCUUCAGCAAAUCCAGGAGCAGGAAAGCGGUCUGAACAAGCUCCGCCACCAGCUGUCCGCGGUGCUGGCGCACAGCGAGUCAACCCAGCGUCUGAUCCGGGCGUUGUCCGCGCCGGGCGUUCUGCCGGCCGGCAGUCAGGAGGCCAAGUCCGAGGAGGCCGGAGCGGCGUCGGCAUCUGCCGGCCCGGAUGGCGGUGACACGAUCGGCGACACGGACAUCGGAUCGCGCAAGCGCACGGCCCUCUUGUCCGGGACCAUGUUGGGUUAUAUGCAGCCCCCUGCCAAGGUCAUGCGCACGGCCGACCCCGCCGACAAGGCCGACCCCGCCGACAAGGCCGAGCCGGCUGGCGCUGCCCAGCAAGACAUCUGGCAUUCUUUUGCUCAGGGCCUGACCAUCGAGGCCGGUUGGGCGCGGGUCCUGGCUAGCGAGUUCCCGAAGCCCUAUUUCCAGAGGCUCGCGAACUUCCUGCGCUACGAGUACGCCACCAGCAUCGUCUACCCCUCGCCGGAGAAGAUCUUCAACUGGUCGCAUCUGUCCCCCUGGUCCUUCGACGACUCGGGCUCGGACACCGGCAUCCGGGUGGUCCUCAUUGGCCAGGAUCCCUACAUCAAUCCCAGCCAGGCGGUCGGCCUGUCGUUCAGUGUCCCGCGCGGCAUGCAGAUCCCCCCCUCCCUGAGGAACAUUUACAAGGAGCUGUCCAACGAUCUGCCCGAGGAGUUCCCCGUCAUCCCGAACCACGGGUGCCUGGAUGGCUGGGCCCGCCAGGGUGUCCUCCUCCUGAACGCCAUCCAGACCGUCCGGCAGAAGGAGUCCAACUCCCACGUCGAUUCCGGGUGGGCGGAAUUCACCUCGGCCGUGGUCAAGGCCAUCGACGAGAAGGCCCCCCUGUCGGUGGUUUUCCUGCUGAUGGGUCGCCAGGCCCAGCGUUUUGAGACUCUCGUUCGCAAUCCCAAGCACAAGAUUGUCAAGUCUGCUCACCCCUCGCCCUUGAGCGCGGCCAGGUUCUUCGGUUGCAAGGUCUUCUCCAAGACCAACAACCUGCUGGAGGCGGCUGGCCGCCGGAAGGUCAACUGGGCCGAUCUCUGAUCCCCCGGUCGUCGGCAAAAGGUCCCCGAGGGCAGCCCCCUUCGUCGCCUUUCCGCGCGUCCGGCCCUCCUCCAUGUUGCCGCUCUUCCUGGCUCUCUUGAUCUCCCAUGCUGCGCGCGCGCGCGCCAGGACACACACACACACACACACA